GAAGAGUGGAGUUCUGUGAUCAUUAGGGGGCAGGUCUGAUCACAUGUUAUUUAUAAGUCACACUCUGCUUUUCACAUAGUUUGAGACACUUUUUUACAGUGUUUCUGUAAUGAUGUCGGACUUAAUGGCGACUUGUGACGACGUGCGGGAAAAUGUGAAGAAGUACUACGGCAACCGACUGGAGUCCUCCUGUGAUCUCCAAACCAGUGCUGCCUCUUGCAGUUUGUCUCCCUGCUCAGUGCCAAGAAGUGUCAGGGAUGCACUGAGCCUGGUUCACCCGGAGGUAACCAAAAGGUUCUUCGGCUGUGGCCUUCCCUUCCCAGCGAAGCUCGAGGGCUGCAGGGUCCUGGACCUCGGCAGCGGCUCCGGCAGAGACUGCUAUGCCUUCAGUAAACUUGUUGGGCCAAGCGGACAUGUGACGGGGAUCGACAUGACGGAGGAGCUGAUCGCAGCGUCUCGUCAGUACGUUGAGCAUCAUCAGAAGGAGUUCGGCUAUGAGAAGCCCAACGUCACUUUUGUCCAGGGGUACAUGGAGAAGCUCAGUGAAGCUGGCAUACAGAGCGACUCGGUGGAUGUUGUGCUAUCCAACUGUGUGAUCUGCUUGUGUCCUGAUAAAAGAGCAGUGCUGCAGCAAGCUUACAACGUCCUAAAGGAGGGAGGUGAGCUGUACUACAGUGACAUGUACGCCAGCAAAGUUGUUCCUGAUCACAUGAAGGAAGAUGCAGUCCUGUGGGGUGAAGGAAUGGGUGGUUCUCUCUUUUGGCAGGAUCUCAUUUCGUUGGCACACAGCGUAGGUUUCACCACUCCUCAUCUUGUUUCCUCCAGCCACAUUGCAAUCUACAGCAGUGAGCUCAAAGCUAAAGCAGGUGACGUCAGCUAUGCUUCGGGCACUUACCGACUCUUUAAGCUGCCCAAAAGUCCAGUCGUGUCCGAGGCAACAGUGACCUAUAAAGGAACGGUGGCAGAUUUCCCAGAUCAGCUGGACUUUGAUUCCUCCCACUGUUUCAAGAAAGAUGUGGCGGUGAAAGUAAAUGGAGAGAUGGCAGCAAUCAUCCAGAGAUCCCGUUUCUUUCCGGAUUUCCAAAUCCAGAUAUCGGAUCAACCAGAGUCCGGUACAGAGUCGACACCACAGUACUGCCACCUCAACCCAUUUCUGCUGGCUGACAAACUGGGAUCCUCAGUGAAGCAAUGCUCCAAAACAAGCAAAUGAAGACGCAGCUGAAUCCUGAGGAAAUAAGAGUUUGAUUAAUUGUUUUUAUACGUCGAUAACAGAUACUAAUCGUCACAUACUUCUUGUGAUAUAGUUAAUUUGUUAAUAUCGUGGUUUAAAGUUGUUUGACACUUUAGAGAUAAUGCUGUCACUGUAAUAUAACAAGUAAGUGUCCAGAUACUAUAUAAUAUAUUUUGUAGUAAUUGUUUCACCUUUCUAUACUUGAACUUCAUCGAGUAACGUACAAGAAAAAGGUUCUGUGUACAAAAGAAAAUAAAUGACAGGUAUAAUUAUUUUUUAUGA